UUUCAAGGUAACACAGAUCUUUGAUAGAUCCAUCCUUUAUUAUAUUGUGAAAUCUUUUACGCCAUCAAAGCUUUUGUACUACUGAUACAAAAUGAUUAUAUUAAAAUAUGCUGUUGCUGUAUAUUAAGAAAAGUUCUGCAAAAAUAGUCAGAUAAAGUUUAUCCCACAAAAGAAAAUUAUCCUACGAAAUAAACAUGAAUGAUUUCCGUAAAUUCAAGAAUAAUUUCCUUCCAAAUUUAAGUCUCAUAGAGACUUUGUUUUGUGUCAUCAUUCUUGCAAAUUCUAUUGUUGCCUUGAUUGAAACCAUUGAUGUUUGGAUUAGAAAAGAUUUUAUAAGGGCAACAUUCAGAACUCUUAAUCAUAUAUUAAUAUAUUUUAUCGUGAAUGUUAUAUUCAUUCUAAAAACGUAUUACGGCUAUUUUCUUACAAAAUUUUCCAGAUCUAUUGCGUUUAUAGUUUUAAAAGCAAUAUUUCUGUUACUUAUUUUGCUUGUAGUUAUUAUUUGGUUAUGUCGAGAGAGGAAAAGUUUAUUUGUGAUUGUCAAUUCGAACAGAAUAAUGAAUACCGAAAUUAAAGGUUAAAUUUUUCAUAUAUAUAUAUAUAUUAAUUUAAGUUGAAUUUUUCUAUAUACUUUCUAAAAUAUCAAUA